CGUAGAUUUGGUAUACAAGCACAAACCAUAACAUGUGAUUUUCAAAAGAUAUUUGAAAUGGGAUCUCAUUUGUAUCUUAGCCUUCCUGGUCUUGCUACUGAUACUCAAACUGUAAUGGAAAAAUUAAGAUUUAGAUUAAAUCUUUAUGAACUUAAAGAAAAUAGGAAAAUACAUCCUAAAGCAUUUGCAUCAAUGGUGUCAAAUUUAUUAUAUGAAAGAAGAUUUGGACCUUAUUUUGUAGAACCUAUUAUUGCUGGAUUAAAUCCUAAUACUUAUGAACCAUUUAUUUGCAAUAUGGAUUUAAUAGGAUGUAUAAGUCCAUCAAAUGAUUUUGUGGUUGGUGGAACAUGUUCUGAACAACUAUAUGGAAUGUGUGAAUCACUUUAUGAACCAGAUAUGGAACCAGAUGAUCUCUUUGAAACAAUUAGUCAAGCAUUAGUAAAUGCAUGUGAUAGAGAUGCAAUAUCUGGUUGGGGUGCUAUUGUUUAUAUAAUAGAAAAAGAUAAAAUUACAGUCAAGACUCUUAAAACGCGAAUGGAUUAAAAUAUCGUAUAUAUAUGUUUAUAUUAUACACCAAUAUAAAAUAUCUUAUUAAGACAAACAUAUAUUGUUUAAAUAAAUUAAUGAUUUUCAAUAAACGAAAUUUAAAAUCUCAUAAGACUUAUCAAUUCUAUUAUAUAUUAUAUGUAAUUCUACUUAUAUCUAAAGUUAUAUCUACAUGCAUUGAUAUCCUGUUAUAGCGGCGCCAUGUUUUUCUAUUCAAUAGACUAUAGUUCCAUUCUAUCGAUGUUUUGAAUUUGAUAUAUUAUAUUUUACAUAUUAUUUUAAGUACAUUAUUAAAUGUACAGGUAUGUAAGAAAUAAUUACAAUGGCUAUUAAUAAAUUAUGUGCAGCAUUUCGACAAAUAACUAUAAACACAAAAAGUAACAUUAUCGUAAGAUAUUAUUCUUCAUAUUUGUUAAAAGAAUAUAAUAAUACAAUAUCGCUUCCUAAUUUUUCUACAAAUGCCUUAAAUAUAGUAUCUCCAAAUAUUAAAUUCAUAUCAAAAACGCUUAAUGUAGAUUUUGAAAAUUCCAGAAAUAAUAUUAAAAAAGAUAUAAAUGAAAUACCUUUAUCUAAAUAUAUACCAUCAAUGGAAGAACCUUUAAUAAACCAACCUAUUAAACAAGAUUUACCAUUAAUAGAUACAUCUUUCCAACUUCCACCAACAGAAAAUACCUUAGAAAAAUUAGCUAUACGUAUGAUAGUAAUUAGAAGAAAAAAAAUGAAAAAACACAAGAGAAGGAAAUUGCGCAAAAAAAUGAAGUUUAAAUGGGCAAAGAUUAAAGCAAACCGUAAUAUAAUGAAGGAAAAAUUAUUUCAAGCAGAAUUAGUUGCUCAAAUUAAACAGGCACAAAACUUUGAUCCUAAGAAAUAUGUUGAAGAAAGACUUACCAUUUUGGAUAAAGAAAUAUUGCCCAAAACAUAUAGAGGUGAAAUAUUAUCUCCAAACAUGAUCAAGCAAUUUAUAAAAGAGAAAAAAGAACGUAUGAGAAAAAAACGUAAUAAACUACGUUUAUCAAAAUUACUUGAUUAAAUAAUAAUAUACUUGUAUAUAACGAAUAAAUAAUUGAAAUAACGAAUAAAUAUAUAGAAAUAAAUUA